AUGGUUGAUGCGCUGGAAAACCUGGUACAGACUAAAAAAGCCUCACGUAUUGAUGCUACAAUCCAGUCCUAUCGCAAAGGUGAAGUGACGCUCGGUAGAGCCGCUGAGUUAGCUGGAAUGCCCCGCUUUGAAUUUGAAGAGAUUCUGAAGGCGAGAGGUAUCAUGAAAGAGACCGAAGUCGAUUCUGUAGAGGAAUUGGAAACAGGCGUUUCAGUAAUCAACAGCCUUCACACAUCAAACGAGAGACCCGAGGAAUCAUAA